AGAAGCAGAAGCAGAAGCAGAAGCAGGACUAUUCUUUUUGCCUACUCGGAAAUUACGAUACGAAACGUUGACCCUUGUGAACAAAUACUGAGUCAGACGGGGCCCUACUAUUCGAUUCAUAUCGCGUGAUUUCUGUAUUAGUGUAGAAGAAGCGAAAAAAAAAUUCGACGUUGCGAACGGACGGAGAUUAGGUCGAUCCGCUCAUACCUACAUUUCUAGCACGCUGUGGUUUUCUGUCAAAUUGCUAAAGAUAACAACACAUGGAGAAUGGGUCCCGAGCCGCAUGGUAGGAAAAUACGAUGCGCACUUUGUAAAAGUUCCAAGGAAAAUCUGACAACUGGACCAUUAUCGACGAAAGAUUCCGUCACCGCUCAUCAGAACUGCUUGCUUUAUUCAUCUGGGGUUAUUUGCCAGAACUCGCCAGAGUUUGACGACUUGUUUGGUUUCACUGUAAAAGAUGUCCAGAAUGAGAUGAGGAGGGGAAACAGACUGAUUUGCUACAGGUGUAAGAGGAAGGGUGCCACGGUGGGGUGUGAGGUGAAACGCUGUCAGAAGUCCUACCAUUACCCCUGUGCUGUGGAAGACGGGGCCCACAACGUCGAAGACCGUAUUGAAGGGAAGUAUACGGUGUACUGUCAGAAGCAUAAUCCAGAAUUAGGAGCAUCCAAUGGUACAUCUUUGUCCUGCAACGGGGAUUCAGACACAGAGAAGAACAACAAUGGAGAAAUGUCAUCCAAGCUGUUUUGUGUCAUCUGUGAAAAGAAAGAGGAGAGCAUCAGUCUAGAACACAUCGACAGUGGCAUUUUCAAGUUGUACUGUGAAACGCAUAAACCACUGUCGCUGCAGAAAGAGCUGAAUGGACAUGCUUUGUCAGGACCCUCAUCUUGCAAGAGUGACUACAACACACCUGAAAACCAACGGCAGACACCAACACCCAAGAGACGGUUGAACUUCUCUAGCAAACGGGAAGUGACAUCAUCAAGAAAGUCCAAAAACAGGAGGAUAAUGGAUAACUCCUCAGACUCAGAUGGAGAUGUGAAUAGGAUUGAUAUGGAGUUUUCCCCUCUGGAGUCCAAUCUAGAAGACCUUGUCAACUCUGAAGACAGUAAUCAUGCUGAGACCCCCAUAGCUUCCACCACAGGAAAUCAGCCAGCACCUGAAGAUGGGGACUAUACGUUAAUCGACUCCGAUGCCGGGUCCCAGAGUCUUUUGCUGCCAGUGAUGCUGUGUGUUGCAUCUGAAGAACCCUCUCAGGCCACAGUGUGCAGUUCUGAGUCUUGUCAUGGUUCUGUUCCGCACUCACCUGGUUCACCACACGGCAGCUCUCACUCACCUGGACCUGCUAUUGAUCCCAUCUUGCCUGUCCACUCACCUGACUGCUCAUCCGUCCACUCUGGUCCACUCAAUUUGGCCAGCACAGCUAUUGUGUGUUAUGGCCCAGUGUCCUCUCCUCCAUCUCCCUCUCCACACGCUGUCUCCCAGUGUCCCCUUGCAAGGCCUGAAGGCCUGGGUUCACCUGGUGGUUCUGGCUCCAGCAAUGCAGCCAGCAGGGUGUUCUGGAGGAGGUGUACCGAAGCAGGCUGUACAGAGUCCAUCUUCACCACUUUCAUCUCUGACAUGGUCGGCAUCUCCAAGAGGAUCCUGUCAGAUCAGGCCAGUCAGGAGGAUUAUGAUCUCUCUCUGAGAGUGAUUGAGGCCUCUGGAAAAUUAUCACAGAUGCUUUCACAGCAGGAGAGAGAGUUUAAGAAGAAGCAAAGGGAGCUACAGAGAGCUACGGCAGCCAUAAGAGAAGCCAGGUCAGCCCUGAAAAGAUGAGCGGCACUGCCAGAAAUUACAGCCUUCAAAGUUCAAUUCACCUUUCCUCAUUUGUAAAGGUGUAUUAUUCAGCCAUAUAUUUAUCAUUUGAUUUCUCAAUGUUUUUUGAAAAAACUUGUUCCGCUUUCUUAUCAUAAUACCAAACACACAUAACCUAAUCUUAUAUUACCACCGUGUUUAUAUUUAUAUCUAGUAGAAGCAAUUGUCAAACAAGAAGAGGCUGGCUUUUUCACUUGCCAGAAAAGGGACUUUAUAGCUUCACCAAUGUAAAAAAAAUAAUGUACAGUACCAGUUUGGACACGCCUACUCAUUCAAGGGUUUUACUUUAUUUGUACUAUUUUUUGGGGGGGGUAUUUUUUUAUUUUAGAAUAAUAGUGAAAACAUCAACUAAGAAAUAACGUAUGGAAUCAUGUCGUAAACAAA